GACUCAAGUUCGUUGCUGCCUUGUGCGUUGUGCACAGCCUUGUGAUUCAUAUAGUUCUUUUUUUAGUGUUGGAUGUAGUUGACAUCACAAAUGAGUGUUUGUAAAUAAUAUCUUGCAAUUUCUGCACAUUUUGUUUCAAAUUAUUGAUUAUGGAUGCAGAAAAUGAUAAGCCCUCUGAUUUAUCUCAUGUUGUUUUGAAAGAAAUUUCUAAUAAUGAAGCGCAUGAUCGUAAGUCAUUAAAGCAACCGAAACGUAUAUUACAUUUUUCGGACGGGGAUAUGGAAGAAUAUUCUGAAGAUGACCCGGAUUCUUCAGAAGAGAAUAAAAUAACUCAGAUCGACCCACACACCCUUAACUGGUUACCUUGGACUUGGUAUCAAACAACAUGGGUUGGUGGCAAGAUAUUGACUGGUUGUGAUUAUGUAGGUGAAUGGUUGGCAAAUUUUUUUGGUAUUACAUCUCCAAAAUAUGAAUUUGAAAUUAAUGAAUUCCAUAGACUUCAGGCUCUUGAAAAUGAAAUGUUACAUAAACAGGAUUUAGAAAUGGGUGGAUGGAAUGCUCAGAACCAAAAUAAUCUUAUAAAUGAUAAUAAUGUGCAAUAAGAUUAUAAUUGUUGUUUUACAAUAUUUAUUCACUCAGUUCAUUUUACAUUAAUAAACAAUAUUGUAUCAUUCAAUAUUGAAAUGUUGUACAUAAAAUAAUAAUUUUGCUAUCUAAAGCGUUACAAGUAUGUAAGCUUUGAUAUACAUACUUGAUAAUAUAAAAAAUUUUUUAAAUAUGAUCAAGUACAUAGUACUUGAUUAGUGCAAAUGAUAUAAAUAUAUGUGCAAGUAUAAAAAUGUUAUCUUUAUGAAAAACUUAACAAUAAUGUAAAUACUUUUAUUUUGUUUUAAAGUGCACACCAAUUGGUUUGAAGUAUUCAGUUUCUCACCAUGACCUUAAUGUUACUGUAAAUUACUAUUUAUAUAGAGAAUGUACAAUCUACAAAAUUCUCUUGUCAUAGAAAACUUAGUAUUACAAUAUUUUUAUACACAAAUUUUGACAUAAAAAUCGUGUAUAAUUAAUAUAUUGUAAUGAUUCAAAAACAUGUAAGUAAUUACUGAAUACAUUUGCAUUUUUAGAAAAUUAA